AUGACCCUUGACAAAGGAGGAGGCGAGGGUGGUCGAGGAGGGGAUGGAGAGGAGGGAGAUGAUGGAAGAAGUGGGAGGAGAGGUGGUAGGAGAGGUGGCCGACCACGUGGUCGGAGUGGACCUUUUGUGAUUAGAGGGCGAGGUAUUCCACCACCUAUUGGAGGUAGGGAUGCAGGCAAAGGUGGAGGGCAAGGUGGACCAUUAUUACCUAGUCCUGGCAGAGGCAAUGGGAGAGUUGGGGAUAAGGGAGUGGUUCAGAUAGAGUCCGAGGGGGGAGAGAGAGGAGAUGUACACCUCUUGAUUUUGGGCAGGUUGGUCUCGAUCCAGGUGGAUGCCCCAGCAGGUGGAGACACAAUAGAGGGACAGGUGGGAGGUGAGGAUGAGAUGAUGCAACAGGAUGUGCCAGAGGCACAAGAUGAUACAGGUGAUUUGAGACCACAGGCAAAGAGCAUGCUUCAGCUCAUACAACAAGUUGGCACUGGGGGACUUAUUGCAGAGAUAGUGAGGGAGAUGGUUCGUGCUGGGAAGGAGAUCACUCAUUGA